AUGAACUUCUUCUCUUUAUUCUUUUUUUUUCCUCAGAAAGCCAUCUCAGAGGACAGAGAGGCAGAUGGAAAAGAACUGAAAGAAAGCCCCAGCACAACUGAGAAUCACAACUUCAUCCCUGUCGUCAUGGAAACGGCUGAACAAUCAGAGCUGGUGAUGGACUGUGAAGAGGAGGCCGCUGUGGCCGAUUCACCUGAGGAGGGGAAGGAUAUUAGUGCAUGUGAUGAGCUAGUUUGUGUAGAGGAAGACUCAUCAGGUUCCCAGAAGGAAUCGGGUUGCUCCCCACCUGCCAGCAUAUUAACCGGUGAGAUGGACAGGUCCAGCUGCUCUGAGGCCAGUGUUUGCGCUGAAGUCCCACCUCAGGAUCAACAGAAAAGUUUGAUACUGGAGCCAGGGCACGAGGAGCUCAACAGGAAUGAGUCAGUCACUUCGUCAGUAUCCGACACGCCCUCCAGUGUUGAGAGCGUGUACGAGAGCGAAGCCCACCAGAAGAGGCAAAAAACACUAGAACAGGAUCCUGAGCCUGAACCUGAACCUGAGCCAGAGCAGAGUACUGAUCCCACAGAAGAACCGGAGCCAGAAAAAUGCCCAGAGCCUGAGGAAGAAUAUGAGGUGGACACGAGGCCGGAGCAAGAACAAGAACCUGAACCUGAACCAGAACCAGAACCAGAACCAGAACCAAAGGGAGACUUUGACAUGGACCAUUACUUUGAGAUAGAGCAAGACCCAGAACCGGAGCAAGAACCAGAGCAGGAGGAAUACUCUGAGCCAGAACACAAUUCUGAACCAGAUUUAUAUAGCGAGCCAGAGCUUGAGGCAGGGGAUGAUAUUCUAAAUCCUGGAAAUGAAGACUGUCAAAAUCUCGCAUUGCACACAGAUGGAGGCGAGGAGGUUGAUGAUAUCUCAUUUGAGCCACAUUUUACAGAAGAGUCCAUGUUAGAGCAACACAUAAGAGAAGAGGCCAUGUCAGAGGUAUCAAACGAGUCCUGUCACAACCCUGAUGAAAUUGAUGAAUGCCUUAGAGUUGAGAUUGAAGCCAAUUCAUCUGACAGCGACGCAGAUGAAAAAUGGAGGACGAUAUUCUCCUCCUCCAUAAAUAGAGAGGAUGAUGAUUCUUAUUUGGAUAGUCUUCAGUUGAGCGCCCAGGAACUCUUUGUACAGAAAGUUGAGUUGACCGACUUCGAUGAGCAAGACGGUAAUAACUUUGAAGAGGUUCAUUUUGAUGUCCCCCAAGCAACGGAAGUUCUGGAACAGCCCGAGGACACCGUUUCUUUUCCCACACCUCCACAAGAGGUCAAGUAUAACCCGUUAUGCCUUCAAGCCCUGUCCAAGAUUUCUGAAGAUGAGGGUGAAAAUGGCAGAGACGCCAAUCACAACCACACAAACCACCAGCAGAGCAUGAGUGGUGAUCCCACCAAAAAACUCCCAAAGGACUUCUGUGUGAUACAGGAGACAAAGAGCGAGAAUGUUAGUACCGAGCACGUGGACUUCCAGCUGGCUCGAAAGCAGUGGCGGGAAAUGGAGGAGCAAAUGAAACACAAGAUUAUCCUUCCUACAACAAGGCAGCCAAAUCUCCACGGUAGCCACAGCUUCAUGUACACGCCAGUUCGCAACAUCGAAAGGUGUCACAAAAGAGGAACCGAUCUGGAAAGCCUAAAUUUGGUCGGGGAUUACCUUCACACCCAAUUCAGCCCUUGCUCAGAGGACUCAGGGCUGGGGGAUUCAAGUUACAGGUCCCCUUACGACGAUCCAGAAACGCCAAUUGAUAGAGAAAUCCGUUUAUCAAUCGAGAGGGAAGAGAAUUUCAAAAGAGAGAGGGGGCUUUCAAGGAUGGGCAAGUCAACUGAUUGUGCUCCAUCCCGAAACAUCCCGAGGUCCAUAAGCACUCCACUGACACCAUCUUUCAUUAUCACCUCCUCCCCCACUAAAGAACCUCUGAAACAUGAAAUGUCAGCUAACAAUGUUAUUAUUCUGGAUCCACGAAAUGAGUUUAUCUCCAGCCCUAGGCAUGGCAGAGAAAACGAACCGACCCGUUCCGGCGACUGGCACCCUGAAGACGGCAGUUCCAACCUCAUCAUCCUGGAGACCUCCAACCUGAUCAUCCGCAGUGCCUCAGAGUUCUCCCUCAACAAGGCCUGCGAGCAGCCGCAGGAGAAAAUGUUCUUAAACAACCCCUUUUUCAAGCUGCGCUCAAGAAGCACAAUAUCACUGGUGGAUGAAGAAAUCAAGAUGGUGAAGCAGAGGGAGGAAGAGCUGAGGAAAGAGAGGGCAAAUCUGUAUGGCAAAGACAGUUUAAGUACAGAAAAAGCGUUGUCCAAUCGUAUGAACACGCUGACGUUUGAUAAUUCAGAUGUGCCAAUGAAGUGCAAGUCUUCUCCUUCAUCACCAAUGAAAACAUCCUACAAGAUGGAUCGAUCUGCCUUAUCCUGUGAUCACAGAUUUCCCGAGGCCUACAUUGGAGGAAGACGCAAGAGUGCCAUGGCUCUACGCUGGGAGGCGGGAGAGUUCACCAAAAACGACUGA